CCCACAUGUACCCACCCUCAUAAUCACGUUGUUAUCAAAUAUUUAUAAAUGGGGUGGCUGCCGGAAAACACAUGGUAUCACCAUUCUCAAAUAGGAGAGAGAAAGGAGCUACAUAGAGAAAGAGUGGCAUCGCUGGAUUUCCUAAUCUUCCUGGGUAAUGCCUUUUCCCCUUCAGGUCUUAAAACACGAGCUAAAGGGAUUAAUACUUUCUAGGAUAUGGAGCAAAUUUGCCUCUGGUCAGAUUGCCACCAGCUUAGGAUCUUUCAAUUCCAGGAACUCCUUGACUGGCGAUUUCUCAUCCUCGGAGAGUUUCUUGUUUCCUUUGUCAACUGCACUUAGUGAAUUAAAUGACCAGUAUAGGAAGGUAGAGCAUAUCUUCAAAAUUGAUGAUGAAGCCUUGUUAGUGCACCCGUACAAUGCAUUGCUGAUACACAUUGCAUUAAGGUUAAGAUCGUUUGGAGACCCGCAUGGAACAUCGCUCAUAGCUAAAGUCGCAAGAAUGGAAAGGUUCACAAUUAUAAAGGAAGUUGGUAAUGGUACGUUUGGAAGUGUCUGGAGAGCUCUAAGCAAGCAGUCUGGUGAAGUGGUGGCGAUCAAAAAAAUGAAGAAGAAAUAUUAUUCAUGGGAAGAAUGUAUAAAUCUGAGAGAAGUCAAGUCACUGAGGAAAAUGAACCAUCCAAAUGUAGUAAAGUUGAAGGAAGUCAUAAGGGAAAAUGAUGUAUUAUGCUUUGUCUUUGAAUAUAUGGAAUGCAAUCUAUACCAGCUUAUGAAGGACAGGAAAAAACCUUUCUCAGAAGUGGAUGUGAGAAACUGGUGCUUCCAAGUAUUUCAAGGUCUCGCGUAUAUACAUCAACGUGGAUACUUCCAUCGUGACCUCAAGCCAGAGAACUUGCUUGUAACAAAGGAUACCAUAAAAAUUGCUGAUUUUGGUCUUGCUCGAGAGAUCAAUUCUCGGCCUCCAUUCACUGAAUACGUCUCAACACGCUGUGAGGCAGAUGAGAUUUACAAGAUAUGCUGUGUAAUUGGUAGUCCAACCAACACCGAAUGGCCUCAGGGGCUUGAACUUGCUAGUGCUAUCAACUAUCAGUUUCCUCAAGCUGCUAGGGUUCAUCUUUCUGCAUUGAUGCCAGGUGUCAGUGAGGAUGCAGUUAAUCUCAUCUCAUCAUUGUGUUCGUGGGAUCCUUGCAAGAGGCCAACAGCCAUGGAGGCCCUUCAACAUCCUUUCUUCCAGAGUUGCUUUUACAUUCCACCAUCUCUGCGUGCUAAGCCUGCUCUCACGAAAACGCCUCCUGUUGGAGCUAGUGUGGAACAAAAAAGUGGUAGGAGAUAUCAGGGGAAAUUAUCGAACCCGAAGCCCCAAAGCAGUUUUUCUCCUGCCAGAUCACAACAGUCCUUAAAUUCAGGCGUGCAGAGAAAGUUGGAACUGAAUAAUCAGGAUACAACUAAAAAUGACAAAAACCAGAAGAAUGACGUGAAGCAACAGCCGAAGUAUCGGCCACCUGGAUUGAAUGGACCGAAUAAGCAUUCGGGUAACUUGGGUAAAACAAAGGCAGUUUCAUACGCAGCCGAAAAGCUCGGAAACAUGGCACUGUCCCCCAGCACUCGGCUGCUCACAAAGCGCUCGUCUAUGCCGCCGCCAAUGAAAGCCGGAGGAUGGGAUUUGUUGGCGGGCCGUUCGCAAGAAACUGGUCUUCCAAGAAGGUCUUAUACCAGGAAAGUAGCUGGAUAAAUAAAAACAAACCAUCCGUUUGUUUGCCAUGCAUGAAGUUUGGUCGAUGAAUUACGUUUGGAUAGAUACACUAUCAUCUUUACCUGCUUGGCGUAGAAUAUUACGUCCCAUAUUGAGUAUCGUGCUUUCUCCUUUUCUUUUCCGUGCUUUCCCAUCUUCGUGUUGGUGUGAUUAUGUUUGGUUGGAUGUGUUGAAGUAUUGUUGAUGACUUGAGAUGAAUCGAUGCAGUAUAAACGAGGCAACAUGUAUCUGUAUUUGGUCAUGUACAUUCAUUCUUGAGAUGAAAAGAACAUAUUAUCUAUUGAUGCUUGUACUAACAUGCCAGCAGUCUAACACAAAAGUGCCAAGUAUUUACUUACAUGGCUUUCAAAAUGUGUAUUUCACUUGUGCUUCCGAAAAUCAUGAUUGAUCUCUUGAUGUUUAACAUAUAUGCAUUUUGUUUUCAGUUACUAGUCACGAGUGCAUAUAUACAUUUGUUUUCAGUCAUGAA